GGCACUGAGAGGGAGCGAGCGAGGCACGCAGGCAGGCAGGCAGGCAUGGCGGUACUGGUGCUGAGCGGGCUGGCCGGGCUGGCGCUGCUGGUCGGGCUCUACUUGUGGGUCUACCACAACUUCCUCCGAGGCCCCAUGUGCCGCAACGGGACGUGCUUGCGCGGCAAGACGGUGCUGAUCACCGGUGGCAACACAGGAAUUGGGAAAGAGACUGCGCUGGACCUAGCCCGGAGAGGAGCUCGUGUCAUCGUGGCCUGCCGCAACAAAGCACGAUCAGAAGCAGCCGUCUAUGACAUCCGGAGGGAUAGCGGGAACAACGAGGUUCUUUUCAUGAGCCUGGAUCUGGCAGACUUGAAGUCAGUGCGAGGCUUCGUAGACGCCUUCCUGAAAUCUGAGCCUCGCCUCGACAUUCUUAUCCACAAUGCAGGUGUUCAGUCUCCAGGCAAAAGUGCCGAUGGCUUCGAUCUGACUUUCCAGGUUAACCACCUGGGCCACUUCCUGUUGACCCAUCUCCUCUUGGACCGGCUGAAGCACUGUACCCCUAGUCGCGUGGUGGUGGUGGCCUCAGGAGCACAUCGGAUAGGAAAGAUCGACUUUCAGAACAUCCACAAGCCUUGUAUGGAUGGGCUGGUGAAAUAUUUCCUGGCCUACUGCAACAGCAAAUUGGCCAACAUCCUAUAUACGCGAGAGCUGGCUAACAGACUACAAGGGACCAGUGUGACCUGCUAUGCGGUUCAUCCAGGGCCUGUCAACACAGAGCUCUUUCGCCAUGCUAGCAUCUGGCUGAAGCCGAUCCUUGUCACUUUGUCCUGGCUCUUCUUUCGCGAUGCAGUGAAUGGAGCUCAGACAACUAUCUAUUGUGCCACUCAGGAGGGGAUCGAGAAGUUCAGCGGCCACUAUUUUGCUGACUGCAAGCUGCAGGAACCCUAUCCCCAGGCCUGUGAUGAUGCCGUUGCCAAGAAGCUGUGGGAAUUCAGUGAGAAACUGUUGGGACUUACCAAGUAAAUGCCUCUUUUGUUGCUCUGAGGGCAGCGUAUCUGGGAUAGAGUUGGGGUGACUGGGGAGGGGGACUUUGUCUUAUUUGUGGCAUAGCAGUAAGGGAUUGCUAAAGAACAAAUGGCAUUGAAUCAACAGAGGCACAAAACUCAGGCUCUUUGGGAGUUGGGCCUGAACCCCUGAGGGUUCCCACAUGCUGGUCUCUCUGGGGUCCCACCAUUCCUUUCCCUGCUUUACUGGUUGCAAGACAGGCAAUGAAAGAAACAAAUACUGUGAUGUUUUGGCUAACAAUGUUUAAUAAAACCAUUUAAAAACCUUUUGAAUAUCUUUUCGUACUUCACUAGAAAUAACGAUUUCAUAUAACAAUAUUAUCACAGAGGUCCAUUCUCACAUUCCAAAGUUACAAGAAAGGUCCUAUGAGCACCCGGAUAGAGGCUUAUUUCAUCAAUGGACUUCCUCGGGAGUAAUCCUUCCUAUAUUUCUUGCAGGGUUACCAGCCUCUUGUAACAACCCAAUAUUAAUGCUCUUCAGCAACAACUGCUAUCUUAAGUUUUCUCAUCCACUCGAUGACACUUAAGUGCAUGUAUUGAUAUUAGGAGCCAAACUUAUUCAUUUAACCAGCUGUACAAGCCUUCUGGAGUUUGCUGGCCAAUAGCUCUCUGCAAUAUUGUUAUUAGAAGCAAGCUGUUCUUAUAAAUGGCCAAUUGCUCUUUUACUCUAUAAUAAUUAUUUAUUCAUUCAUUCAUUCUUAAGUUUGAGGAAGUCCAUUGACGAAAUGAACCUAUAUCCUCACCUUUCUUGUGAGAAUGGACCUGUGAUAAUAUUGUUACGUGAAAUUGUUAUUUCUAGUGAAGUACAAAAAGAUAUUUAGUAGGUUUUUAAUGGUUUUAUUAGACAUUGUUAGCCAAUACAUCACAGUAUUUGUUUCUUUCAUUGCCUGUCUUAUCAACUGUAAUCCCUUUUUGUUGUUUUUACUGGUUGCAAGCCCUGGCAAUAACGGUAAUGAAAUACGGUUUGUCAUAAAACCUACUUGGGCGGGGUGGCACGUCUUUCCCCUCUGCCUUUUUUUCUUGGCUUUCAAACACGCUCAGGUAUUCUACAAACUUCAGUUUAUCCCCAGCGGAGCUACUUGUGUGUUCUGCUCCUGUGUUAGGAUGAGGGUGUGACCUGUGAUUGGUGGAGGGGGCUACCAUAUCGGUUGGCUAAGAGCUUGAAGGGCUCUGAACAUUUCUUGGCCAAGCGAGAGGAUUUGAGGCGGAUCCCUUUGCUCUCCUUCGCUCAGGAGGGCUUGGAGGCUUGAGGUAAUGGGGCCCAGAUUAGGUGCCUGGCUCCACUCUUGGGGAUAUCGGACCAAAUACAGGACAGUACCAAAGUAAGAUGUCCCCUCUGGAAUAAACUGUGCAAGAUUGGUUA